AUGGCUGCUUCUUCGAGCAGCGGCCCAGCUGUCCCAUUCGGAGGCGCAUCUGGCUCCGGUGCGGGAUCUGGAACGCAGGGCACAUCCGUUGCUUCCCAAAUCGUAUCGACGGAACUGGAGGAUGUUCCAGAUUUCGGCGAUGUUCGUUUAGAGUUUGAUCCUGCAUCUCGGCGGAAGUGCUUGGUCCAUCUUGUUACGGGGGAGGUGUUCCCACUACCGACAGGUUCCUGGGAGCUCGUAGACGUGGAUGGUUUCGCUGGCAUUUUCGACAACGAAAGUCCUGAUCAAGAGGUCGAGUCGAUGUGGGUGAGCGAGCAGUUGGCGAUGAGGAUCGCCGUGGAGGCUGGUUGCCCUGAGGGUGGCGCAGAUGCUUCUCAGCGCCCUCGGAUUUGCCAAACGGUCGAGAGACUCGGCGCGAGCUCGUCGAGGCGCAGGCUGAUUUCACACCCCGCCAGGUUGAAUGGCCCACGGGUGUGCUGGAUACAACGGUGGCGCAUGCAGUCGGCCGACACGUGCUGCCUCGCCAUGGCUCCCGAUGGUGGUGGCGAUUGCAAGGGAUCCACGAAAGGUGUAAAUUGA